GCUUUAGUAACUCUGGGAGAUAAACCAUCAUCAUUUGUGGGUUCAAAAAAAUGGAUUGGUUCUCAAGAAGUCAGUUAUUGCCUGAAUCAUUUUAUUGGAGUGACAUCCAAAAUAAUGUUUGUUAGUUCUGGUUCUGAGCUGGCAAAUAAGGGUAGAGAAUUAUCCAGUCAUUUCUCAACACAAGGUACUCCAAUUAUGAUAGGUGGUGGUAUGUUAGCUCAUACAAUACUUGGAGUGGAUUUUAACGAAAGUAGUGGGGAACUAAAAUUCCUGAUCCUAGAUCCACAUUACACUGGGUCCGAAGAUAUCAAUAUAAUUCAAAAUAAGGGUUGGUGUGGAUGGAAAGAUCCUUCUUUCUGGGAUGCUUCAGCAUUUUAUAAUUUAUGUAUGCCUCAACGUCCAAUAGAAAUCUAAAUUCACACUAGAGUCAAUAUAUAUUAAUGCACAAAUUUAUUUUUGUAAC